ACAAAGAACAAUGAAUGUGUUUGCGGUUAAUCAAAACCACAGUCUCUAACUUUAACUGGAGUAAUUUUGUAACUGACUCCAAUCCAACCUGGAAAUAUGGUGUAUGUAAACAUAAUACACCUAUAUUACACAUUAUUGUGUGGAAAACCUGAGUAUGACUAUGCAAACGCACUUUUAAUUUUUUGUGUGCAGUAAAUGAUUUGAAUAAACUGAACUGAUGCACAUCAGACAUGUGCAGUUGUCUUAUGAGUUGCCUUGUGAUUCCUCUGCAGCCUGAAUCAUAAGACCUUGAUAUUUGCAACUUGGCCUACAAAUUUGAGUGUAUGUGAUACUAAGAUUAAGUGCAUGCAAUGUAAUGUAUUUGUAAAACACUGAGUGGUUUGUUUGAGCGUUUUAUCAGAUAUAUUAAGUCCCUGAAACUUCCUGUUGUCUCAUGGUACAGAAAAACCCAAUCUAUUAACCACCUUUGGGGUUGUUGAUCGUUUUUCCAGUUUCUAAGAAAUGGUUUGAAUAUGCAGAUUAGAACGUGACUUAAAGCAGGGUGAACGGACCGUUCACUCAGACAUCUUCUGAAACAUCAGGAUCAUCAGGUCUACAGUGAAGUCAGCAUGAAGACUCUUAGCCUGACAGUGGGACUGCUGCUCGUGCUGUUCACCGUUUACCACAGCGAUGCCUCUAAGGCAGUGAUUUCACCUGACCUUUGCUGUUUUCACUUCUUUGACAAACGGAUCCCAAAGGAGAACAUCGUCUCCAUCGUGAAAACUCACAGUCAGUGCUCCACACCAGCAUUUGUAAUCAAGACACCCAGAAGGCUUUUCUGUGUGAAACAGACUGCAGAGUGGGCAAUGGAACAAUUUGUCAAACAAGAGAGAGAGUACGUUCCCCCUGUACCUCAAAAGACGACCCACUCUCUGGUCUACAUGAAGCAGUUCUCCUCAGCUGACCUUCCCAGCUGUCCUAAUCCAGAGUGGAGUCACCAUGAAUCAAAGUUAAAUAAUAAUAAAGGAUCCACAGUGACUGAAGAACAUCAAGACAAAGUCAUGCUUGUUUGUUGUGUCUGCUAGAAGUGAGAGAAUUACAGAUGCAGCUGAAUACAGGAAGGCCACUGAUAACAGUUUAAACCAUACGGUAGUUACACAUUACACACAGAGAAAUUAAAAUUUUAAAUAUUUAUUUUCUCAUCAUUGAUAAGUCACAGCAGCUUUACUAUUCGUCUUUAUUGCUCUUUAAUUAUGAAAAACUCUGAAAUCAUCCAGAAAUGCUGCAAAUAUUUGACUUAUUAAAACAUCAUGUGUUUUCUGAGACUUUAAAAAGAAGUGCACACAUUGGGAGUUAUAGCAAACUUUUCAACUGUAAUAUUAACCACAGGCCACAGAGCAGCUUCCAGUAUGUAAGCAAUAUAUAUGCAUUACCAUCAUAAACAAAUCCAUAUGGGUAAUAUGUCAUAUCCUGAAGAUGUAAGCUUUGUGUCUUUUGCUGUAAAUGCAGUCUGAAAAACUAAAACAUCUAAGAAAACUACGAGGGAAUUAAAGAGUCUUUCUUCAGGUGUA